UGGAGAAUUCAGAUUCCUGGCACUUCCUUUCCCAUAAUAAAACACUCUCAGCCAGCCCAAGAUAAUCACCUAGCAGAUUGAAAUCCAGGUGAAUACACAGUUAAAAAGACAAGAGGAGGACACUAGGUGAGUACACAGUUAAAAAACAAGAGGAGGACACUAUGUUAAUACAUAGAGUUAUAAAGACAAGAGGAGGACAUUAGGUGAGUACAUAGAGUUAAAAAGCAAGAGGAGGAUACUAUGUUAAUACAUAUAGUUAAAAAGAUAAGAGGAGGACACUAUGUGAGUACAUAGAGUUAAAAAGACGAGAGGAGGACACUAAUUGCUGGAGUAAAUCGAAAUCAAGAUGAAGAGAAUUAAAAAUAUAUCAAUCACAAUUUCACUGAGCAGUUCAGAAUCCUCAAGGACUGGAUGGACUACUUGAAGAAGCUAACUCAUUUAAAAUCAUGGACCGAAUUCUGAAUAUUACAUAAAAAUCCAAAAACAACUAUUGCUACUGUACUUGUUAAAUACUCCAGAUAUUUGCAAUAUCGCUUUCCAAUUUUUUGAUAAAUAGUGUGUGUGAUUUCCUGAAUGGAGAUUCGUGGCCCUCCAUUCUGGAAAUAAAACAGAUUCAGCUAGACAAGAUAAUUAUUGUAAAUCGAGAUCAGAAUUAAAAAGACCAAUCACAAUCUUACCAUAUCCACAAGUACUGGAUGAGCUACUAAAAGAACCUUGCUCACUUAAACCGAAUUCUGAAUAUUGCAUGUAAAAAUCCAACAAUUAUUGCUACAGUACUUGUUAAAUACUCUAGAUAUUUGCAAUGGGUGAUGUUUUGGGUCGAGAAGGGUCUCGACCCGAAACGUCACCCAUUCCUUCGCUCCAUAGAUGCUGCCUCACCCGUUGAGUUUCUCCAGCAUUUAUGUCUACCUUCGAUUGUUCCAGCAUCUGCUGUUCCAUCUUAAACAACUAGAUAUUGAACACAUAGAGUUAAAAAGACAAGAGGAGGACACUAAUUGCUGGAGUAAAUCGACAUCAAGAUGAAGAAAAUUAAAAAUAUAUCAAUCACAAUUUCACUGAACAGUACAGAUCCUCAAGGACUGGAUGGACUACUUACCCAUUCUUAAAGCCCUCCAUUUCUUCCUCGACCGCAGAACCAACCAAUCCCUGUCUACUGAUACUCUCCUCUGCCUAGCGGAGCUGGUCCUUACCCUGAACAACUUUUCAUUUGACUCCUCCCAUUUCCUCCAAAUACAAGGCGUAGCUAUGGGCACACGCAUGGACCCAAGCUAUGCCUGCCUCUUUGUCGGGUACAUCGAACAAUUUUUGUCCGAUGCAUACCAUGGCCCUAUCACCAAACUCUACCUCCGCUACAUCGACGACGGCAUUGGUGCUACCUCCUGCACCCAUACACAUCUCACUGACUUCAUCCAUUUCACCACUAACUUCCAUCCGGCACGCAAAUACACCUGGACCAUUUCCGACACUUCCCUACCAUUUCUAGACCUCACUAUCUCCAUCGCAGGUGAUAGACUACUGACCGACAUCUACUAUAAACCCACUGACUCCCAUGGCUAUCUGGACUACACUUCUUCCCACCCUGCUUCCUGUAAGGACUCCAUCCUGUACUCCCAAUUCCUCCAUCUACGCCGCAUCUGCACCCAGGAUGAGGCGUUUCAAACCAGGGCAUCGGAGAUGUCCUCAUUCUUCAGGGAAUGGGGAAUCCCGUCUUCUACUAUAGAUGAGGCUCUCACCAGUUUCUCUUCUAUACCCCGCGACUCUGCCCUCACUCCCCAUCCCCCCCACUCGUAACAAGGGCAGAGUCCCCCUUACACCCGACCAGCCGUCACAUACAACAAAUAAUCCUCCGACAUUUUCUCCACCUCCAACGAGAUCCCACCACUGGCCACAUCUUCCCAUCUCCUCCCGUCAGCUUUCAGCAGUGACCGAUUCCUCUGUAACCCCCUUGUCAAUUUGUCCCUUCCCAUCCAAACCACCCCAUCUCCUGGCACUUUCCCUUGCAACCGCAGGAAAUGCUACUCACGACUGUGUUCCUGCAUUCGACACCAACACCAUCGUGAAGUUUGCAGAUGACACAACAGUGAUUGGGCUGAUCACCAACGGUGAUGAAACAAAAUACAGAGCGGAGGUGCUGAACCUGGCGGACUGGUGCUCACGUAACAACUUGUCACUAAACACCUUCAAGACCAAGGAGCAGAUUAUUGACGUCAGGAGGUCCCAUAAUGGAGAAUAUGCCCCAAUCUCCAUCUACGGGGACAGUGUGGAGAGAGUGUCCAGCUUUAAGUUUCUGGGCACUCACAUUUCAGAGGACCUCGCAUGGUCCACCAACACCGCUGCGCUGGUCAAGAAGGCACAGCAACGACUGUUCUUCCUGAGGACAUUAAAAAAGACUGGUCUGCCCCAACAGCUGCUGACAACCUUCUACCGCUGCACCACAGAGAGCAUAUUAACGUAUGGCAUCUCAGUGUGGUAUCUCAGCUGCACAGAGGCGGAGAGGAGAGCUCUUCAGCGAGUCGUCCACAGAGCGCAGAGGAUUAUUGGGACACAGCUACCAGCCUUGGAGGGCAUCUACCACACACGGUCCCUCAGGAAGGCCGUCAGAAUUCACAAAGACUCCUCACACCCUUGUAACGGACUGUUCGAACUACUUCCCUCCGGCAGACGUUACAAGGCCUUCUACGCCCAAACGUCCACUCAGAAACAGCUUCAUUCCCAGAGCUAUAGUGGCUCUGAACCGGCCCUGCUGAGUGCCCCCCAUAACCCCUGGACUGUCUCCCUCAGAUGGUCACGUCGCACCGUUUAUUUAUUUAUUUUAUUUUUUGACAUCGGUUGGAAGCUGCUUACCAAAUCUCAUUGCACUGAUGUGCAAUGACAAUAAAAUAUAUUAUUAUUAUUAUUAUUAUGCUAUAUUUAAUAAUAAACUUUAUUUAUAAAGCGCUUUAACAACCGCAGUUGCCACAAAGUGCUGUACAUGAGAACUCAUGGACAAAAAGCUAUUACAAACCAUUAAAAACCGUAAAACGAAGGACUAUAAAAAACACACUA